GAUUUAAAAUGACAGCGGCCGGCCUCCCUCGCUCUUCGUUCUGAUCCGCGAUCAAAUUCUUUCCCUCCCUCCCGUUGCUUGCGUCCCGACCAAGUCUUGUGUGGCUUCCUCUCCCCGCCCGAAAGCCAAGGAUCAGUCGUCCAAGCUUUCCACCUCGAGGAGCAGCCGGUCGUGCCCGUGAACAAACACAGCCUCGGCAAAAACGAAAGAGACGCGCGCGCGCUAACAGCAACCUUGCCCUCGCGUCCGCGGUAAUGGCGGAGGCGGCCGGCGCGGCCACGGAGCUGCAGCAGCCUGCAGCUGGAGUAGCUGCGACGGCGACCGGCGAUGUCGUCUCCGCGAGGCUGCAGCAGGUGCUGGCGCUGCUGUUCCCGUCCAACCUGGCCGCGAAGGCGGCGCUGUUCGCGCUCGUGGUGGCGCUGCUGCCGCUGCUGCCGACGAGCCAGGCGCCCAGGAUCUGGGAGCUGCCGCACCUGCUCCUGCUCGGCAUCAUCAUCUCCUACGGCGUCUUCGGCCAGAAGAACGCCGACGCCGAGGUGGCCGCUGCCGCCGACACCAAGCCCGUCGACGACGAGGCGUCGGUGGAGGCCUACGUAUCGCAGAUGAUGCAGGGCUCGCCGCUGGUAUUCGAGCACAACGACCGCGACCGCGACGGCGAUGAUGGCGGUGGAGCCAGCAAGGUCGGCGUCCAGGCGUGGAGCUCUCAGUACAUCCCAGACGACCCGCUCGUGAUCGUUGCCGACACCAACGAUGGCGAUGGCAACUUAGGCGAGAAGCCGCUCCUCCUGCCGAUGAGGAAGCUGAAGCCGGCGGCCGAGGACUCGGCGGCACUGACAGAUGAUAUCAGCGACGGCAUUGAGGAUGAGGAGGAAGAAGAAGAGAUCCUUGCCCCAAAGGCAGGAUACGACGGCGUCAGCGAGCGCGCCAUCCCUUCGCCGUCCUCCGUCCUCGACGCGGACCUGAUCCUCUCGCCGUCCUCGCCGCCUCUGCUCCCGCCUCCCCCUCCACCCCCGCUGCCGCCGUUCCUCGGCCGCGGACGCCGCAGCCUCAGGAACGCCAAGGCGAGGAGCUUCAACGAAUUCGGAGCGAUCGGCAACCAGAGCACGAACGAGAGGCUGGGCCUGCACGGCGUCGACGGCAAACAGUUCCGGUCCAAAUCGGCGGUCCAGGCGACGAGGAACGCCUUCGCCGGCUACGACCCAGUGGUACCAAUCGGCGACGACGACGAUGACGCCGUCGAUGCAGAGUUAGAUGAGGCGGUCGCGGCGUCAGAAAGUUCGUUCAGCAGCGACGUGGUUACCGACGGCGAUGAGGAUGAGAAGGUCGUGGAUGAAGAGGACGGCAGCUCGUGCGACGAGGAGCUCUUCGAGCUGGCGACGAAGCCGGGGGCGGAGGUCGAGGAGGAGGUGGAGGACGAGGUGGACAGGAAAGCUGACGAGUUCAUAGCCAAGUUCAGGGAGCAGAUCAGGAUGCAGAGGGUCGAGCCGGGCACCAGGAGGUGAGCAGACAGGUUCGACGGUCUGCUUGCAAGCUCGUGGCGAGGCUGGCCGUGCAGUUCCUCGUGUACGACGACGUUUUUUCUCUCUCUCUUGUUUCUUGUUUCCUUUUGGGUGUAAUUACGACCUGAGCCGCGGUGCAAAUUAACAAAGUGAGAGC